AUGGAGAUCGUGCUUCUGAAAAAAGUGGGCACGGGUUUCCGGGGCGUGAUCAAGAUGCUGGACUGGUUCGAGCGCGCGGACAGCUUCAUCAUCGUGAUGGAGCGGCCCGAGAACGUGAAGGACCUGUUCGACUUCAUCACGGAGAAGGGCGCGCUGCCCGAAGAACUGGCCCGCGGCUUUUUCCGGCAGGUGCUGGAGGCCGUGCGCCACUGCCACGCCUGCGGAGUCCCGCGUGAAAGCACCCGGGUGUACAGCCCCCCGGAGUGGAUAAAGUACCACCGGUACCACGGGCGCUCGGCCACGGUUUGGUCUCUGGGCGUGCUGCUCUACGACAUGGUGUGCGGAGACAUCCCCUUCGAGCACGACGAGGAGAUCCUGCGGGGCACGCUGCUGUUCAGGAGGAGGGUCUCCACAGGUGAGACGCAUAUCAAGCAAUCCCUCUAG